AACCGUGAGCUUUUCAUUUCACCAAUGUGAUUGUUGGUUUUAUAGACACAAAAAAUAAAACGUACAAUUCCGAUUUAAGAAAGUGGAGUGCAAAAAUUAUUAUAACUUUGAAGAAGAUUAAGAAACUUACGAAGAACAGUUGCAGGAAAAAAACUUUACCGUGGCGAAACAUGCAGACAGAGUUUAAAAAUACAUUGUACGCAAUUAUGAAGACAUUAACAAAUGGAUUACUCAAAUUUCUGACCCGAUUCUCAGGACGAAGACGAAUACAAAUCGACCACAAAAAGAAUCGAAGCCACAUCAAAAAUAGUUUCUUUAGACUGACCAGCUGUCAAUAUUCCAAGCACUUUGCUAUUCCUUUCACAUUUGCUUUAAUGCUUUGUGCAAUAUGCGAUGUUACAGAUGCCUGUAGAAGUCGGACAGUCAUUAAACCGCGUACGACACCAGCACCAACUUCUAGUCCUCGACCAAAUAUCACAUUCCACACUUAUAAAUGUCCGGAAGCUUAUGCAACGUGGUAUUGUCUCAACGGCGCUACAUGCUUCGCU